AUGAACAAGUACGACAUGCUCGACCUGGUGGGGGAGGGGGCCUACGGCGUCGUGCUCAAAUGCAGAAGAAAGGACACAGGAGAACUCGUGGCGAUUAAAACAUUCAAGGGCAAUGAAGAAAGCACCAAUGUGAAGAGAACUAUUGCGCGCGAGAUAAACGCUCUGAAAAAUCUGAGGCACGAGAACAUUGUCUUGCUGAAAGAAGCCUUCCGGUGGAAAGGAAAGCUGCAUUUGGUGUUCGAAUAUAUACAGAAAAACCUCCUAGAAAUCCUCGAAGCGUCGCCGUCCGGACUGGAUCAAGAAACCGUGCGGCUCUGCAUCUGGCAACUCGUGAAGGCGCUGAACCAUUGCCACCGGAAUGACGUCGUCCACAGAGACAUCAAACCCGAGAAUCUCCUUGUGAAUCCGAAAACUCGCAAACUGAAGCUCUGUGACUUCGGAUUUGCGCGCCAGCUGCAUGACGCAGGGGGGCCUCUUACGGACUACGUGGCAACGCGGUGGUACAGGUCACCUGAGUUGCUGCUCGGCGACUCCGAAUACGGCAGUCCGGUAGACAUGUGGGCUGUGGGCUGUAUUAUGGGCGAACUCAUUGAUGGGCAACCGCUGUUUCCCGGUGACAAUGAAGUCGACCAGCUCUAUAAAAUUCAACUCGUCCUGGGGCCGCUUCUUCCACAUCACAUGAAAAUGUUCAAGGAGAAUCCCCGGUUUACGGGGCUUGCCUUUCCUGCGCUUCCUCCACGGGAAACUCUGCUGCUCAGAUACCACAACAAAUUUGACAAAAUCGCAAUUGACUUCAUGUCCAAAUUGCUCUGCAUGGACCCCGCCAAGCGCCUCACUGCCAAGAUGGCCCUGCAGCACCCGUACCUGAAAGAGUUAGAAGCUAAAGAGCGCGAGGAGCGAGUCUGCCACCCAGCGGUGGCUGAGCUGCUCGCGACAGAAAGGAAGCGCCACACGAGCUCGACUCGAAGUAGCCAAUCGAGUCUGUCUUCUUCGGUGUGUCAGCCUGACAGUUCGCCAGCGGUUGCUUUGUCACAAGCCAGCGAGACGUCUCCGUACCCGGGACACAGCCAGCAGCCCUCGCCUCAAAGAAGUGAACAACGGAGCUCCUCUCGCGGGCAGCCAGUCGGAGGUCUGCUCACAGUGAAGAUUCAGUCCCCGCCGCGCCUGCCGAGCGAUCACGACAUGGCGCAGGGCCGGCUCUCUCAGAAAGAACUCUUCAGCGGAGGGAACAUUUUUCAACACCACCAGAGGGCGCACGCCGAUCAACAGCUUGCAAACGGCUGGGGACGGGCGCCCCUGUCGCUGCAGUUUUCUGAGGAGAUGCCGGGCGGGGGGUCGCACGCGGAGCCUUCACACACCGACGUCCGGCGAGCCGCCUCGCGCAACCCGGCUGAGCAGAAACGCCACCGGGAAGAGGCCACCAGUCAGGCAGGCGCACACCAGAUUCUGCUGGAGGAAUCGAUGGAGCAUCGCGGCCUUCAAUGGCGAGCUGCAGACGACCAGGAGCAGACUGGUCGCCAGCACCACGCGGAACUUUCAGAUCUUCCAUUGAGGUUACAGGGCCCGUUUGAACAUUUGGCUUUAACGAAUACCCGCGACAAAGGAGAGGUGCCCAGCUCCGUUCGUAGUGAGCCACAGGGCGAGCGGAACGAUCCCAGCGCGGAACGACUACCAGGAUGCAUAUCUCCCGAGACGGCACGUGGCUUCCCUCAGCAGGUGGCGCGGCCAAGCGCAGAUGUCGGGGAUGUUUUCCAAACCCCUGGUUUCUGCCUCGAAACCGAGACGCUCGAAGAACCAGGCAUGCCAAAGAGAAAAGCUGCCUUACCGAUACUGCCCCUUCGCCUAGCCGAAGAGGCAGAAGUCCCUGGUCACGUCUCCGCUGGCCAACGGCAAGCAGACUCGAUUCGAACCGGGUCUACGCUGCCCCCGAUGUCAGAACGCCAGCUGACUGAGGUUGGUACGCAGCACGGCUACAGUCCCGACGCUGGUGGAAGCCGCCACCAAAGCGAAGCCGAAGUAGCAACUGCGAGCGGCAGCCACGCCAACAACAACGUCGAAAGUUCCCUCGCGAGUUCAUCGCGUGAGCUCAGCUGCGCACAACGCCGAGAGAGUCGCAACCGCUGCGGGCACCACUCCGCGAGGGCGAUGUCCUGUAUAGGGGAUGACGAAGUCGCCAACGGAGCUCCUCUACCUCCCAACGUCUCCCCCCCGGCCGCGUUCCUGCCCGUCGACUCCGAAUUAGGUUCCGCUGUCGUCGCUUUCGAACCUCAGGAGGCGGGCCGCCACCUGCUCUCUGCUGACAGCUUGUCGAGAGCCAGCCAGCAGGGCUUGCCCGUUUUCCCGCCGUCUGUUGAUCAUGCAGCGGAGGCGCGUGCAUGUCUCCCCGCUGUCUAUCUGUCGGGGAAUCCUGCGCUCUGUCGAGGCCGUCCUCUUUUCGCUCAGCAGUCUACCGACGCGCACCAGAUUCCACUUCGGCAUGCGUGCUCUCCAGGCCAAAUGGCGGCUUCUCCGCAAGCCCUACGGACUUUGGCUCGGCACACCCCACCGCGCUCAGGCGACCGCUUGCCUUCCCACGAAGGGCAGCAGGCAGCCGUUGGGAACGCCCCAGACCGUGGGGACGUGACCCAGAGGGAAGGUAAUCCGGCGUGGCGGGACGUUACUCGGCCGCGGUCAUCGUCUUCUGUUCGGGCGCCCGAGUCUCAAGCUGCGUCCUCGCCACCGCCUCUGCAGUCACGUGGCGACAGACUCGACUACUUGUGGGAGGCCACGGCUCACCAGAGUCGGCGGUCAGGUCAGCAGGAGAGGCCUGCAUGCGCUUCGAGCGCCGAUCGCCCGUGUGUCGAGCGCCAUACUUUGAACACAGAAGCCGGGCUGCCAGUAGCCACUGCUUCACGUCCCUCUCCUUCCAAAAGCAGUCAAAACCUAACGGGGUGUGGUCAGGCCGUGGACGCGCACGCGCAUGAACCCCCGACGGCGUUUGCGCCGACAGGCAGCCUCAGGGGCUCCACGCGUCGACGGAGCCGAGCAGACGUCAGCAUGAAAGGCGCUGGGGACAAGAAUUCAUGCGCGACUUCCGGCCCCUUUGACCUGCGCCCGCAGGCUCCCCAUCGACGGUCUACCCCCGACUGUGCGUCGGCCUCGCCUGCGCGCCUUAGGCGUCACGCCACGGACGAUCAUCGAAGAAGGGCCGCAGCGCCGCGCAAGCGAAUUCAGAUGUCCCAGACGCAAGACGGAAGAGCGCGGAGCGACAGCAGCGUGCCUGCGGGCGACACGCCGGCGCAGGAACUUUCAGGAAGCGGCCCGAGGUGGACCGACGUUCCUGUUGGGGGCGACGGCAGGCCUGCGGCGCUCGCCCCAAAGAAAGCUCGAGGCGACACGCAACUGUCGUGCAGCAGCUCUAGCGGAGGCAGCAGCAGGGUCUCAGGAUCCUCUGCCGAGCGCGGCGGCGGCCUGCCUGGCCACCGCACAGUCCGGGGACGACGCGUGGGAGGCUCACGACGCAGUCGAACUAUCUCGCAAACGAUUCCAGGUGCGGCGACAACGCUCUAG